AUGACUUCAAUUACUCUGUCGAUGCCUGAAGGAAUCACCAAGGUCACUCUCGGGGCGUACAUGGUGGAGGACAGUAGCAUUGCUCCAACCGCCGAUAAAUUGGAUGAGAGCGAGUCAAGCGAAGAACGGUCUACGUUUAGCAUGUCCUUUCUUCCAAUUACCCGCAAGUCGGAUGAGAACGAGACACCCGAAGAGGGUACCGUUAUCUUGUCCGAGUCUGAAAAUGUGCCUACAACAAAGAACGUGAGGUUCGUGGCAAAGCCAAAGAAAAAUUUCUUCUAUAGACACCAUGCAGAUUCUGAUAUCUGGUUCAGCAACAAGCUAGCACCUCGGAACAAGAGAGCUCGCAAGCCUCAAGCCAAAGCGUGGAGAGAAAAGGGGUUUGGAGAACUUGUGAAGGAUUCCUUCCACAAGCCCAAUCCCUCCCAACUUACUACGUUUGCCCUACAGGAGGGCGAGGACAACAUGCGCGGCGCCGAGAUGUAUCUCUGCGAAGAUCUCAAGAGGACUCGUGUGGAAGAACGCAGACGGCUCAUUGAAGGCGUACUCGAGUGUGAGAGCACGAUGCGCUUCAAUGGCGAGGAGAAGACAGCAACCGACGAAAUCGUUAUGGCAAUUGCCGAUCUUUCCCGAGAUUUCUCUCGUUCUGCGGUGGAGUAUGCACGUCAGCUCGGACUGGCCGACCAGCGGGCGGUCGAGAUUGGCGAAAGUGGCUCUUGCAUGGAUGAUUUCUUUCAACAAGACAUGUCUGCAUCCUUUCAUGCGCGCUGUGCUGCAAUUGAAAGUGUGGCGAUGAAGAGACGGUACAAAGGGAUUGUUGCUUGCAGUGUUGGGAUCUUUAGCAUUGGCGGGGCCUUGAACAUUUUGUAA